GGCCAUAUUGGAUUUUGACGUUAAUCUAACAAAAAUCAAAGUUAACGGUUUUCUGAAUGUUAUGUGUUGUAUGGUUAUGCCGUUGAAACUUAUUGCUGAAUGUUGUAUAGUUGAAAUAAAAGUGAGAUAGAAGUGAUUAUAUUAUAUAUCGGCAUACACAAAUUACACAUAGAGAUGGGAGAUAAUGGCGAGUUAUCAGGUGCAGAAGUCGAUACAUCUCUUCAUGUUAAUAAGCAGUUAGCAAUGGCUUUAAAUACGGAAAAAGUACAACAUGCUCGUACAACAGCAACUUUAUGUAGGGAACGCCAAGAAUUAAUGAUGAAGCAUCACGAACUUGCUGUUUUAAGAAACUCAAUGAAGUUAAUUCUUGAAAAUGCAAAUAACAUAUCCUCCCUUUUUUUGAACAUAUUUAAUGAGAUACAAAGAGUAAUGGGCCCAGCUGAACAAUCAAAUGUAACCAAUGAAAACUCAGAAAGUAACAAUAAUAUAAAUAUUUUAAAAGAUGUGAUCGUAACGUCUGCAGAAAAAUUGUCACCUUUAAAAACUUUAAUUCAACAAGAAAUCGAAAAUAAUGGAUCAGAUGCAGAAGAAGAUGUACAUAAUGAACCAAAUAACUUGAAUUCAGAAGACGAACUAGACGAAGAAGCACAAAACAGUGAAAAUUGUAAAAAGCGAAGGUUGGAAACGCUUGCAGAAGAAACAGAAAACGAAUACAUCACUAUGCGUUAUAAACAACAUUGUAGUAAUCAAGAAAAUGAUGAAUCAUUUAGUAAUUUGUCACCUAACAUUGUAUCUACAAAUGAAACACAGAUAUCACGUAGUUCUAGGAAAUUAAUCCCAAAGAGAAUACCAUUGAGUGAAAAUAAUUCGCUUUUAGCAAGCUCCCCUGAAUCAUAUUUAUUAUUACAGCAAAAUAUUCAAUCAAAACAUUCACCACUCAAUGAGAAUGUUUCAAAGAUUUUAGGAAGUACCAAAAAUAGGAAAUCACAAAGAAAUAAUAAGAAACCUCCACAUAUCACCAUAACUAGGGCUUCUAAAAAGAGUAAAAAGGAAUUGGAUUCUUUUGAGAAGAUUUCUGAAGUCUCUACAUAUAAUGAUUGUAAUAUAGAGAGUCCGCAGAAUUCAGAAAUUCAACAAGAUGAUGUAACUUUUAAUACUUUUAAAAAAAUACCUUCUUCUGCCAUUAAUCAAACAUCAACACCUUAUGCAACUGCUUCAACAUCAAACUAUAAUGGUAAUUUUAUUACGAGACGUAGAAAUAAAUUAAGUGAUGAAAUUAAUAGUCCUUCUACCAGUAUAUUAAAACCUUGUACUGUUAAAGUGGAAAGAAUGCCUUUGAGUUCUGCAACUAAUUCCAUAAAUAUGACAUCACAAAGAGAUCUUGUCGUUGAUGAAUUGGAUACUGUUAAAAAAAGAUCUAGUAGAGCUGCAAAAGCACAAAAGUCAUAUAAAGAACCAUCAUUGAUAAAGAAAUUGAGAAGAGAAUGAAGUAAAUAAAUUAAUAAAAAUUAAAAAAAAAUUAGGCUAAAGUGAAAAUUUACAGAAGUGAGAUAGUUAUAUUUAUUUGUGAUUUAACAUUUUUUAUUAAAUCUUUAUGUCAUUUAGUUGCCAUAUUUUCCAAUAAUAAUUUUACCAAACUUA